AUGGUCGGUGGUGGAGCGUUUAGCUUGUCACCAUGGGUAAACUUCAACAGGCUAUGGAUAUCAGUGAAGGGAUAUCCAGCCGAUGAAUUUGAUUUCAUCCCCGGUACAACUCCCUUUUCAACGAUGUGUGAAACGCUUGGGAUGAUUGCUCUUUACCUGGCUGUGAUUCUUGGAGGGAGGGAACUCAUGAAGAAUCGGAAACCAGUUAAGCUCAAUGGACUAUUCAUGGCCCACAACUUCAUCUUGACGAUGGUCAGUGGAGCUUUGCUGGUGCUCUUCGCUGAGCAACUACUCCCAACUUUGUGGAGCCAUGGAGUGUAUGAGAAUAUCUGCGGAGGUAGCGGUUGGACACCGCCCUUGGUGGUUUUAUAUUAUUUGAACUAUCUGGUCAAAUACGUCGAACUGCUUGACACCGUAUUUUUGGUGGUAAAAAAGAAGCCUCUAACUUUCCUUCACUGCUAUCACCAUCCUGCAACUGCACUCCUUUGCUACACCCAACUUAUUGGACACACAUCAGUCUCAUGGGUUCCGAUCACUUUAAACUUAUUUGUUCACGUUGUGAUGUACUGGUACUAUUUCCAGAGUGCUCGCGGAGUCCGUAUCUGGUGGAAGGAAUGGAUUACACGCUUGCAAAUCGCUCAAUUUGUGCUUGAUUUAGGAUUCGUGUACUUCGCCUCGUGGGAUUAUUUCACAAGCACAUAUGCACCGCAUCUACCACAUGUCGGCACCUGCGCGGGCGAGCCAUUUGCCGCCAUCGCCGGAGACGUAAUCCUGAGCUCGUAUCUUGUGCUCUUUAUCUCGUUCUAUAUCGCGACAUACAAGAAUAUGGGGAAGAAAGACAAGACACAGAGGGCGACUGAGGGGGUCAAGUCUGCAAAUAAUACUUUGCACACACUCAACCCGACUCAGAGGGCAAGUGAGGGGCUCAAGUCUGCGAAUAGCACAGACGGUGACAGCACACACUCUCAACCCGAACGGCCCAUCCCUCUAACGACAAAAUGA